AUGUAUGGUUUUAAUAUUGGUAAAGCAGAAAAUGCUGGCUUACAUUUAGAUAAUAAAAAAAGCGAAAAUAAUAAUAGUAGCAACAAUGAAUUACAUAAAGUUAUUAAUACGAUUAAUAAUGGUUUUCAAUUCAAAGAUGACGAUGAUGAAGAUAAUGAAAACAAUUUAAAUAAUGAAUCAAGUUCAGAUGAAGAAAAUCAACAACAACAAAAUAAUAAUAAUAAUAAUAAUAAAAACCAAUUCGAAGAUGAUGAUGAAGAUCAAGAAGAAGAGGAAUAUAUUAGUGGCGAUGAUUUAAAUAAUAAUGGUCAAGAAUCAGACGAUUAUGAAGAAGAAGAGGAAGAUGAUGAUGAAGAUGAGGAAGAAGAGGAUGAAGAAAGUAAAAAAUUAAACUAUGAUUCAUUCUUUGGUGCAAAUAUGUCUCAUAAUAUGGACUUUUUAAAUUCUCAAAAUAUUAAUUCUCAAAUUGGUUUAAUGGAUCCACAUUUACAUAGUUCUCAAUUAAACUUUGAAGAACCACAAGAAGAAAUUGAAUUACCUGCUCAUGCCUGCGCAUAUUGUGCAACACAUGAAUUAUCAACAGUUGUUAAAUGUAUGCAUCCAUCAUGUGGUAAAUGGUUUUGUAAUGGUAAGGGUAAAACUAAAUCAUCACAUAUUAUAACACAUUUAGUUAAAUCCAAACAUAAGGAAGUAGCAUUACAUCCAGAGAGUUCAUUUGGUGAUACAACAUUGGAAUGUUUUAAUUGUGGUUGUAAGAAUAUAUUUUUAUUGGGUUUCAUUACAGCUAGAACCGAAUCAGUUGUUGUUUUAUUAUGUAGAGAUCCAUGUGCAUCUGGUCCAUCGAAAGAGGUCAAUUGGGAUAUGAGUAGUUGGCAACCUUUGAUCAAUGGUGGUGAAAAAGCAUUUUGCAGUUGGUUAGUUAAAACACCAUCACAAGUCGAUAGUGAACGUUCAAGACAAAUUACAAUUCAACAAAUUCUUAGACUUGAAGAGUUUUGGAAAAUGGAUCCAGAGGCCACACUACUCGAUAUUGAAGCACCAAGAUCCGAUGAUGAAAAGCCAGCAAGCACCCAAUUGGCCUAUAAAGAUGCCUAUGAAUAUCGUGAGAUCAUUUCACCCCUAAUUGAAUUGGAAGCAAAACACGAGAAGGAAUUAAGAGAAUCCCUCUCUCAAAGUGGUAUUUCAAUAGAGUGGAGUCAAGGUAUUAAUAAACGUUACACUGCAACAUUUCCAUUUAGUAGAAGUGAUUUAGAAUUUAAAGUUGUACCAGGUGAUGAAUUAAAACUUCAAUUCAUUUCAUCCACUGGAGGCGUUAUUGAAUGGGAGGAUACUGGUAGAGUAAUUCAUAUCGAUGAUGAAAAUCUAUUAUCAUUGGAAACUAAGUCAAGGUGUAGCUUUGAUUCAGGUCCAAAGGGUUCCUAUAGAAUGGAGAUGGUUUGGCGUUCAACUUCAUCUGAACGUAUUUUAAGUGCAAUGAAAUCAUUUGCAAUUAAAGAGCAAGCAUUAUCAUCUUAUUUAUACCAUGCAUUAUUAGGUCAUCCAGAUAUACCACCAGCCCCAUUGGAUAUUCAAUUACCUACAAAUUUCCAUUUAAAGAAUUUACCACGUUUGAAUGAAUCACAAAUUAGUGCAGUAAAUAAAGUAUUAACAGCACCAUUAUCAUUGAUUCAAGGUCCACCAGGUACUGGUAAAACUGUUAUCUCUUCAUUUAUUAUCCAUCAUUUGGUGAAAUAUGUCAAAGGUAAUGAUAAAGUUUUAGUUUGUACACCAUCAAAUGUUGCAAUCGAUCAACUCACUGGUAAACUUCAUGAAAUUGGUUUAAAGGUUGUUAGAUUAAGUAGUAAACUUAGAGAGGAGGUCGCAUCACCUGUUGAACAUCUUACACUUCACAAACAAGUUUAUAAAUUGGAUCAAAUGGGUGAUGGUGAACUUGGUAAACUUAGAAAGUUAAAAGAAGCAUUUGGUUCACUCAGUAAUGAAGAUGAAAAACGUUAUAUCUACUUACGUCGUAUGAUGGAAAUGGCGAUCCUAAGAAAAGCAGAUGUAAUUUGUGCAACUUGUGUGGGUGCUGGUGAUCCACGUCUAUCACAAUUCCGUUUCCCUCAUAUUCUUAUCGAUGAAUCAACUCAAGCCUCUGAACCAGAAUGUUUGAUUCCAUUAAUGAUGGGUGCUAAGCAAGUCAUUCUCGUUGGUGAUCAUCGUCAAUUGGGUCCUGUAUUACUUUGUAAAAAAGUAGUUGAUGCUGGUCUUUCUCAAUCACUCUUUGAACGUUUAAUCUCUUUAGGCCAUCAUCCUGAACGUUUAACAAUUCAAUAUCGUAUGCAUCCAUCGCUCACAGAGUUCCCUUCAAAUACCUCUUACGAAGGUCAAUUGGUUAGUGAACUAUCACAUACUGAUCGUGAUUCUCAAUCGAAAUUCCCAUGGCCACAACCAAAAGAUCCAAUGUUUUUCUUUAAUUGUACUGGUAGUGAAGAAAUUUCUUCAUCUGGUACCUCUUUUAUUAAUACUACCGAGGCUUCAAUUUGUGAGAAAAUCGUUACAAAAUUCUUAGAGUUGGGUUCAUUACCUGGUCAAAUUGGUAUCAUUACACCUUAUGAAGGUCAACGUGCUUACAUUACUAGUCAUAUGCAAAAAUCUGGUAAAUUAAAUCUAGAACUCUAUAAAUCCAUUGAGGUUGCAAGUGUAGAUUCUUUUCAAGGUAGAGAAAAAGAUUAUAUUAUCCUCUCUUGUGUACGUUCAAAUGAUUAUCAAGGUAUUGGUUUCCUUCAAGAUCCAAGACGUUUAAAUGUAGCUCUUACUCGUGCUAGAUUUGGUUUAAUAAUUUUAGGUAAUGCAAAGGUACUCUCAAAAGAUCCACUCUGGAAUUCUUUAAUCUCUCACUUUAAAAAUAAAAAUGUUUUGGUAGAGGGUUCUCUUGCAAAUUUAAAACAAAGUCCUGUAAUUUUACAAAAACCAAAAAAACUCUAUGGUCAAGGUAAACUUCCAAUUCCAGGUCAAAAUUCAAAUAGUUUUAAUUAUGAUCGUGAACAUAUUGAUCCAAAUAUUGGUAUGAAUAUGGUUUAUGGUAUUUCAAAUAAUAAUAUUAAUAAUAAUAGUAAUAAUAUUAAUAAUAAUAAUAAUAAUAAUAUUAACAAUAAUAUUAACAAUAAUAAUAAUCAAAGAUUUAACACCCAAGAUGGUAGAUAUUCAAAUUCACAAACUUCUUCAUCAAGUCAAACUUAUUAUGGUUCAACAAAUUCAAGUGGUAAUACUAUUAAUAGUAAUCAAAAUCAAUUCUUUAAUACACCAUCUUCUUAUUCUGCAAAUACUGGUUCAUCUUAUCAAUAUAGAUUCCAACAAUAUCAACAAUUACAACAACCACAACCACAACAACAACAACAACCACAACAACAACAACAACCACAACAACAACAACAACCACAACAACCACAACAACAACAACCACAACAACAAAAACAAUACCAACAACAACAACAACAACAACAACAACAACAACAACAACAACAACAACAACAACAACAACAAAAGCAACAACCACACCAACAAUACCAAUCACAAAAGCAGCAACAACAACAACAAUACCAACAACCUCAACAAUAUCAACAACAAAACCAACAAUACCACCAAUCACAACUUCCACCAAAACAAUACCACAAUCAACGAUUUAAUAAUAAUAAUAAUAACAAUAUUAAUAAUAAUAAUAAUAAUAAUAAUAAUAAUAAUAAUAAUAAUAAUAAUAAUAAUAAUAAUAAUAAUAUUAACAACAAUAAUUCUAAAAACCAAAACCAAAACCAAUCACCACGUCGUUCUCCUGUGGUUGGAACUCUCCAGCUACAUUGCAAGUUUGAUUCACAACCAAAUAAUAACAAACAUAUUAGUGAUCCAAAUCAGCCACAAAUCUCAAAUCCUAAUAUGUCCAUUCCUCUUAGCCAAUCUUUAAGCUUUAAUGAUUUAUCUCAAGAACAAUUUAACAAAUCAAAUUCAAGAAAAGAUUAA